UGGGAGUCCUCAGUUAAGUUGUAGCAAAGCAGGAAAGCUGAUCCUCAAACAGCUGCACCAACAUGCUGAUCAGCCCUUUGUGCAAAGACCUGGAAGUCGGCUAAGUCAUGCAUGUUGCUUUUGCACCAAAAAUUAAUGUGGCAAAACAGUGUCUGCAACCAUAUAGACUCUUUCCACUUCUAAUGUGUGCACCAGAUGUGCUCCAGCUGCAGCAGGAUGGAUAUGCUGCAUACAAUAGAUCAGCAGACCCUGAGAUGGUUGCCUGCAAUCUAUAAAAAGAAAAAAACAGAAAGACAAAAAAAUCCCACCCACCCCCCAAAUCCCCAAAUCACUCCUCUGCACCUCCUCCCAAAACUUUGCCAGUUUGGAAAAGUGGUGACUAAAGCAGCAGCAGCAGCAGCAGGAGCAGGAGGAGUUCACCACUUUUUCUUUUUACAGUCGACUAUCUGUCUCUGCAGAGGUGAGUCUGACAACUUAAUUGGUUCCCUCAGGCGGUGUUUUUUUUUUUUUUUCUUUUUUAAAAACCCAGCUUUUCGUGCCGUCUACUACACCUGCCUGCCAAGCUCCAGCGCUGAUGGGCGCGGCUGGGACCUGUGCCCAAAUCUGUGUUUUGACUUGCCUGGGAAAGUUGAGCGAAAAGGCACAAAAGGACCGAGGACUUUAAGAACAUCCCACCACGGCGCGUCAACUCCACAUAAACACAUUAUCCCUCCUGUGGACGGUCGCAGUCGGUCCAUCCUGAGAGCACUCGGGAUUUAAUUCUCACUGGAGCUGGCUGAAGAUAAAAUGGGAUGGACGAGUUAACAAGACAGAUGGACUUCUCGGCAGGCUUGUCGGGAGAAAAGGUUGUGACAGAAACAGUAACCACCACCACCAGACUGACUUCUCUACCACCAAAGGGAACCAGCGGAUCAAAUCACAGGAAUAUGUCCAGCGGUGCUGGAGGGCUGGGCUUGGAGAAGAAUGUCUUAACCCAGAACAGCGGUGGAACUUAUUUCUCCUCAUCCUCUGUAGGUGUGAACACCGGCAGCUACAGCUCCUCCUCGGGUGUGUACCUUGGAGGAGACUCCUCAGGAGGAGGUGAUGGAGGGGGGAUCUUCCUAGACCUGGAGGGGUAUGGAAGCAGCGGAGGUGGCGUUGGAGGAGGAGGAGGUGGCGGCGGAGGAGGAGGAGGAGGCAGAGGUGGCGGCAGUUAUCUCGUGAGCUCCGUGACAAAGGUCAGAUCCAGCUCGUCGGGUGGUGCCAGGAGGGGGCAGACUGCUGGCUCAUCAGGAGGCCUGUCGCCAGGUUUCCGGGAGAGAAAGAUCAUAACGAGCCGCUCAGGAGGCUACGACGGAAGUUCCAGUGCUAAUUCCUCUCCUGAGUUUACACGCAAAGAUUAUGGAGUCUAUUGCUCCAGCGGCACCACAAGAGGGCGGAGCGAGAGCAGAGAGAGCGAGAUCAGAGCCAGAUUACAAAGUGCCUCUCCCACGGCCGGCAGAUGGACAGAGCUGGAUGACGUGAAGAAGCUGCUGAAGGGACGCUCCAACAGCGUGAGCCCCACUCGCACCUCCAGCACCUCGGUCACCCUGCCUGUCCCUAAAAAGGCCAGCGUGGAAACCAAGACCAUCUCUGUGACCUCCCAGACGGGUUCGACUUCAUUUGGCUCUGGUGCGCUGAGUGGGUUCCACACCAUUGACACAUCCGGCCUGUAUGACACUGCUCUGACAUCAGGACAGUAUGAUACUGGUGUAAAAUCCGGCCAGUAUGAUGUCACUCUGAAGUCAGGCCAAUAUAAUACUGGAUUGAAGUCAAGCCAGUACGAUAUGGGUCUGAAAUCAGGACAGUAUGAUACUGGUCUCAAAUCAGGCCAGUACGAUGUCAGUCUGAAAUCAGGACAGUAUGAUACUAGUGUGAAGUCAGGACAUUAUGACGUCACUGUGAAAUCAGGACAGUAUGACACCAGCAUGCGAACAGGCCAGUACGACACGCUGGACGCCACACUGCCUACCUUCUCCUGGUCCACCUCCACGCUGCCCUCCGCCAACACCACGGUGGUCGCUGGCAACACCAGCAGCUACUCGUACCAGGUCGGCACCAACAACAUGUCGGGGGGAACCUCGCCUGUGGGCCUCACCUCACCCUCGUCCCUGUCAGUUUACGGCUUCCAGAAUAAUCUGGCUCCCACCUCUCCCACUGUGCUCACCACCAGUGGAGGCAACAUAAAUGCCAACCUAGGAGGUUAUGGCGUUCAGAAGAAUUUGUCAACUGGUGGUGGUGGUGGUGGUGGUGGUGGUGGUGGUCUCGGUCUCAUCACCACUCAACAAGUAACAACCACUAGAUCCCAACCUGAUGAUUCCUUUAAGAGAGAAAAGUUCCUGAUCUCCGAUAAAGAGAAUGCUCCAGUGAAGAGGGACACAGAAAUGUUCAUUUUGUCCAAAGACAGCGGGAAGCAGUUCACCAGCACCGGCAGCAUGCAGAUAGGUGGUGGAGGAGGCUCACUAUCAGGAGAUUCAAUAAAGAAAGAGAAGCUCAUUUCAAGUUACAGUGAGCCGGCACAGCUGAAGACAGAGACAGCCAACUCUUAUGGAUCAUCUGGAGUUGUAAUGAAAGACAAGGCCACCUAUGCAGAGAUUCACAGGGACAGCGGCAUCUUUGGAGGAGGCGGAGGAUUUUGCUGCUGCUCCGACUCCUGUUGCUCCUGGUGGAAAUGGCUGCUGGGUCUCCUCCUCCUCUCCCUACUCCUGCUGGGACUCCUGUUUGGGCUCAUUGCACUGGCUGAGGACGUGAGAAAGCUGAAGAAUCGUGUGGCCACGCUGGAGGCCGAGUCCUCGGUCACUGCUGCUCGUACCAGCCGGCUGUCAGGUACUUCCAAUGACAUCAACGGCUAUGGUGUCGCUGGAGGUGCAGGUGCAGGUGCAGGUGCAGUUGCAGGUGCAGGUGCAGGUGCAGGUGGAGGUGGUGGUACCUCCCACACUGACAACACGCUACUCCUAAACGGCGGAGGUGGAGGCUCAAGCUCCAAAACACGAGUCGUUGUUGCUGGCGGUGGCACCAGUGGUAGAAACGAAGUUGACGUCAGCCUUGCAACUGCUGCUGCUGGUGGUGCUGCUGGCGGUGGGGCCAGUGGGGCUAGUGGGGCUGUUGCUGGCGGUGGGGCCGGUGGGUCCACCGGGGCCAGAGCUGGAAGUGCUGGCACAAGCCAUGGUAGCACUAGUGGUGGUCGUACUAGUACCAGUUUUGGUGGCGGUGUCGUCGAAGGCAGCGACUCUUCAGUACUCUUCGGCAGUAAUGAUGGCUACGGGAUCAGUGGAGGACACACGAGCGCUGCUGCUCUUCAGUUGAUGAUCCAGCGAAUGUUAAGAGCUGAAAUGCAUUCAGAGUCAUACCAAGCUUUGCUAGCAUCGUCAGCGCAGAGAGGACUGCCUGGACCUAAAGGGGACACUGGAGCUAAAGGAGAUUCAGGUUUCCCUGGGAUUCCAGGCACUCCAGGUCCGAUUGGACAACCAGGCCCUGAGGGUCCAAAAGGACAGAAAGGAAGCCAAGGUGAUCAUGGACUGGACGGGGCGCCAGGUAUCAGAGGUCGCGAGGGCCCGCCCGGCCCCAGAGGUGAGGCAGGACCUCCAGGCUUUGGACCGAAAGGUGACAAAGGUUCUUCCGGAGAGCCAGGACCCGUGGGACCUCCCGGCCCGUCUGGACCAAAAGGUAUACAUGGACUUCCUGGACUUAUUGGAUCACAAGGUCAACCAGGUGCUCAAGGUUUCCGUGGCGAACCUGGGCUUCCUGGACCUAAAGGUGACAGAGGACUUGCUGGAUUCCAAGGACCUAAAGGUGAAGCUGGUGACUCUGGUCUCAGAGGUCCCAAAGGUGAUCCUGGUAUACCAGGUCUGCAAGGGCCGGCUGGAGAGAGAGGAAUGAAAGGAUCAAUGGGUCUGUCUGGAGUUGAUGGAGCUAAAGGAUCAAGAGGUGACACAGGACCUGCCGGGCCCCCUGGACUCAGAGGUCCUGCUGGGCCUCCAGGAGAUUCACAUCCAGCCGCACCUGGGCUUCCAGGACCUCCAGGGAUACCAGGGAAUCCAGGACGACCCGGCUCCAAAGGUGACACAGGUCCACCAGGAAGAAUCAUCAAUGCAGCUGGCUCCACUGCUGUCGGCAUCCCAGGACCACCUGGGCCUGCUGGUCCUCCCGGCCCUGCAGGACCUCCGGGAUUAUCAGGUCCCAUUGGCCCUGCUGGUCUGCCUGGCCAACCUGGUGCUAAAGGUGACAGAGGAUUUAAGGGAGAGCAGGGAGAUGCAGGAAUAUCAUCAAGGGUGUCUGAGACUUUGAGCUCGAGGCAGUACAGUGGUAGUUCAAGUUCAGGACACUUUGGCCAACCCGGCCCACCUGGUCCACCAGGUCCACCUGGACGCCCAGGCGAUUCAAGACAAGGACCUCCAGGACCACCCGGGCCUCCAGGUCAACCAGGUUAUGGAAUUCAAGGACCUAAAGGAGACAGAGGAGAGUCAGGCUUUUCAUCCAGCUCUGGAACAUAUUACACUGGACCACCAGGACCACCAGGACCAGCUGGGCCUGCUGGGCCUAAAGGAUCAACAGGUUCUCCUGGACCGAGAGGAUACCAAGGUGAAACAGGCCAGCCAGGUGUGCCAGGUGCCCCAGGUGCCCCAGGAAGACCAGGAACCUCUGAGAGAGUGUCGAGUUACGGUGGAGUACAGGGGGUCCCUGGACCACCAGGUCCACCUGGACCUCCUGGACAUCCCGGACAACAGGGACUUAAAGGUGAUCCCGGAGUUCCUGGUAUUCCCGGCUCUUCAAGAGGUGCCAUCUCAGUCACUGCAGGCCCUCCUGGUCCUCCUGGUCCCCCCGGUCCUCCGGGCUCCUUCUCUUCUUCCAUUGAGAUGCGGCAGUACAUCUCUGACUAUCUGAGUAGAAGCAGACAGUCUAGUAUCCCCGGACCUCCAGGUCCACCUGGGCCUCCAGGACUUCCCGGAACCUUCUCAGGCUCUAUUGAGGACAUCUCCGCUCGUAUCAUUGCAUACCUGCAACGUUCGGGCUCAAGCCUCGGCAUUGGUGUUCAGGGUCCUCCAGGACCACCUGGUCCACCUGGACCUGGCUCUGGAUCUUUCACGGUUAGCGGUCUCAUCGCCAUGCUUCAGAGAGACGAUGUGAGGAGAUAUUUGACAGGACCACAAGGACCACAAGGGCCACAAGGGCCACAAGGGCCACAAGGACCACCAGGAAUACCAGGGGCUUCAGGAGGACUCUCAGGCACUUACAGUGUGGAGGAGAUCGCCACGUAUGUCUUCAAAAUCAUGAAUGACAGAGGGAUUGCUAGAGGUCCACCUGGGCCACCUGGUCCUGCUGGACCUGCUGGACCUGCUGUUUCAGGGGGCUCUGGCUACACUACCGCUACGAUCGACUACUCUGCCUUGAUGAGAAAUCCAGACUUCCGCUCAUGGAUUAGCUCUGCUGUACAGCACGGUCCUCCUGGUCCUCCUGGCGUCCCAGGGCAAGCUGGCCCUCCUGGUCCUCAGGGGCCACCGGGAGUCUCCACCGCCACUGUGAUCGGGGCGGGAAGUCGCGACUACAGCUUUGAGGACAUUCAGCGUUACCUGCAGGGUUCUAACUUCAGAGGUCUCCCCGGCCCUCCUGGUCCUCAGGGACCACAGGGACCACAGGGACCACAGGGUCCACCAGGCAGUUACAGCGGAACAGUCUCCUACAGUGGAACCUUCCCUCGGGAGAGCAUCCGCACUGAGAUUCAACAGUAUCUGACCAGUGACAGUGUUCGUCGUUCCAUCAUCGGACCUCCUGGGCCUCCUGGACAGAGGGGUCAGAAGGGAGAUCGCGGAGAGCCGGGUUACGUCCAAAGCUACACACACAGCCAGAGCUAUGCUCAGGGUGACUCUCGAUACAGCUCUGAUCGCAGAGAUAUUGAUGUCAGCAGGCUUGCGGAGAAUCUGGACUACUCCAGUGUCGCCAUGAAAGUUACAGACUACAUCAAGAAUCAAGGCCUGCUGCAGGGCUAUCUGGUUGACGGUCCUGCAACGGCGCAUGUCAGAGCGGUCCAAGGCCCCCCUGGUCCACCUGGCCCCAUGGGACCACCUGGUCACAGCCGCGUCUUCAGUUCCUACGGGAACAUCACAGCUGACCUCAUGGAUUUCUUCAGAACCUAUGGCACCAUCGCCGGCCCGCCAGGAGGCCCUGGACCAAGGGGUGACAGAGGGUACCCAGGACCCAGAGGAGAGAAGGGUGAUCCUGGACUCCCAGGUAUACCAGGACUACCAGGGUCCUACACUGUCCAAAUUCCACACAGAGUGCAGAAGAGGGAUGCAGAAGAUAAGGUGGUUGGUCGUCGUCAUCGCCGUCAUGCCAGAGGUGGUUAAACAUACUACUGGAGUUCAUUUUUCCUCAUCUUUUUUUUUAAAGGGUUAAACUGUAGAAAUGCAAGAAGUCGAAAUGCUCCUUAUUCUUGCCAUCUGUAGAAAAGUCACAGGACAAUCUGAAAUAUUAAAUAAAAGCGGCCAAAAAAUGCAAUAAGUCUUUUUACAACAGCUUCAGUAGAGGUUUGGUUUUAGCUGCUGGUCGGUGUCUUCGUCACACAGACUGCAUUAUUUUUUAACAUGUGGGUGUAUAAUGUUUACUUUGCUUAGUUAGACGCUUGCAUCUAAACCUUUUUUUUCCAGGGGCAGCUUUGUUUAAAGGGUGACUUUGGUAUUUUUUAACCUGGACCCUAUUUCCCUGUUUUUUUGUGUGUGUCUAAGAGACUAAUGGGAACAGCAGUUUUGAAGUUGGUCCAGUGUUGAGUUAAAGCGCUGAAUCCCAUGGCAGCAAAACAGGCUGCAAUGUAACCACAUGGGGCAAUUGUGCACCGUCACUUUAUGUCCCCUUUAAGUGCUUGUUUUUGCCACUGACAGGCUCAGACUGUUAUUAAAAG